UCGGUGGUGACGCGCGGCCCUCACGUGACCAGGAGCCUAUGUCUGCCCAAGUCCCUCUCGUCCUGGUCCUUUUUGCCAGUCCAGACACCGUCUGCCUAUUGCCCUUUGGUUCGAGGGGGAAAAGCAGAAGGAAGUCACAGCGGGGCACCUCGAGGAGAGAACGCCUGGGAGCAAACGGCCAGGAGAGAGGUCCGGGUCCGGGAAGGGACCGUUCCCAGCAUGGACAAAUCCUGCCGAGCAAACGAAGAUCAGCCCCAGAGCACGCCCAGAACGGCCGAGGAGCAGCCUCAGGCGGAGCCCUCGCCCGAAGAGCCUUGUCCGGAGGAGCCUUGUCCGGAGGAAGCUUCUGCCGAGGAGCUUUCUUCGGAAGAACAGUCCUCCGAGGAGGAGUUCUUUCCCGAGGAGCUCCUUCCCGAGCUCCUUCCCGAGCUGCUGAUGUCCCAGGAGCGCCCCCCAGAGGAGCGCCUCUCUCCGCAGGACCUGUUCGAGGCGCGGCCGCCCAUGGAGCAGCCUCCUUGCGGGGUGGGAAAGCACAAGCUGGAAGAAGGCAGCUUUAAGGAAAGGCUGGCCCGCUCCCGCCCGCAACUUAAAGGGGACAUACACGGCAGAAAUUUGAGCAACGAGGAGAUGAUAAAGGUAGCAGAGGAGAUGGAAGAGAUGAAAAGAGUACGAAACAAACUGAUGAUCAUGCACUGGAAGGCGAGACGGAACCGUCCUUACCCUAUUUAACGUGUCGGCCUUCAAUGCUGGGUUUGCCUGAUUUCAGUAUUGCCGCUCGAAUCCCUCUGGCCGUCUUCUUAAUUUUAACUUCUUUGCGUGGCUUUAUUUAAGGUGUUUCGCUUGUAACUGGUGUAAAAUUGGGCUCCUUCUCCCCCAUCGGCAAGUCUCCCUUUCAAUUAUGUGUCUCACCCAUUAUGCAUGGAAAGAUGGACGUUAUAUAUUGUGAAGCAACUUUCGAAAAGUAUAUGUAGUAUCCCAUUUUUAUAAAAAAAAAAUGUAUAUUUAUAUAUUAAUAUGCAAAGUAAAACUGAAAGUAUAUACUUCAAAGGUUUAACAGUGGCUGUGUGUGGGGUAAGAUAAUAGGCGAAUUUUGUUUGUUUUCAUUUUUGCUUUGUUGGAGCUUCUCAUUUUUUCAGGACGAACACAUUUUACUUAUGUUGCACACACACAAAAAUACCACCCCAAUAUAAUGGGGGAAAAAUGUAAAGCAAUUUAAACACUGUCUAUCAUCUUAUAAAGACAACGUGGCACUUAAUAAAUACGUCAGAACUUUUAAAAAGUAAA